AUGGCGACGAAGCUCAUAAUUAAGAAGUCACCGAAAGCCAUCAACCGUCAUCAACGAAACUACCUUCGUCGUCACCGGAAAUCUCAUACCGGAUGCACACCAUCGCCGGCGGCGACCACCGUCAUCGCCUCCAUCAACAAAUCGAUCUACAGAUGCCACCGAAGCAUUCUCUGCUUAUUUUCGCGCAUCGACGGUCGUCAUGGAACGAAAGGAUUCAGAAUCCUCAAAACUCGCCACGAUUCCGAAUCCGCGAUCUUCCAAAAUCCGCAUUCGCUGAUUCACGACAGAUCUGGUAAAUUCGACGAGACGAAGAAGACGAUUGUGCUGGAUCUAGACGAGACGCUCGUUCACUCGUCGAUGGAGAAACCCGAAGUUCCGUACGAUUUCGUGGUGAAGCCCAGAAUCGACGGUCAGAAUCUAACCUUCUUCGUGAUCAAACGGCCAGGAGUGGACGAGUUUUUGAAGAAGAUCGGAGAGAAGUACCAGAUCGUUGUUUUCACGGCGGGUUUGAGAGAGUACGCUUCUCUCGUGCUCGAUAGACUGGAUCCAGAGCGGCGCGUGAUCUCACGGAGCUAUUACAGAGACUCGUGUAGCGAGAUCGAUGGGAGGUUAGUGAAGGAUUUGGGUUCUGUGACGAGAGAUCUGAGGCGCGUGGUGAUUGUUGAUGAUAAUCCCAACUCUUACGCGCUUCAGCCGGAGAAUGCGUUUCCGAUUAAACCGUUUCAUGAUGAUUUGAACGAUACCGAGCUGAAGAAACUCGGCGAGUUCUUUGAUGGUGAUUGUGUGAAGUCUGAAGAUAUGAGAGUUGCUUUGAAGGAGUUCGUUGGAAGAGAUGAAUGA